UCGAAUCAGAACAACUAACAUCUUCCCCCAAUUCCCAAGCACAUCGAUAUCGAAAAAUACAGCAGCUCACAUUCCGGUGUUACAAAUCGAGGGUUCCUAAUCCCACGGGCAAAAACCAACGUCGAAUGAUCCAACACCACCGCCUGGAUAUUACAAAAGGACGCUUUCCCUCCUGGCACGCCACAAACUUGAGUGUUCCUUCCCAAUCCUACUCGGUUCUGAAAGCUGUAACAGAAUCAGAGGCAGAAAGACUCGCCAACACGGAAGCCUUCCGCCGAUGCUUCUCGUCGUUACACAUCGCAGUCUGCAAAACCCAACCUAUCUCCCCCGGAGUUCAUCCAUACCAAAGGAUCCUACUUCCAUAGGUGUACCGACACCCACAAAUUCAUCGACACUACCUAUGCAAAUCCGUGAAAGAAGGUACCUCUCCAAAAACGUAACGAACGCAAAGCUCCUCUUUAAUCCCACCCGCUCAACAAAGAUCCAAGAACUCGGAACGGCGAAAGACUAUGCAAAACAAAGAAAGUCUACAUCCAACAAGGUCCGCCGCAAGGUAAAAUCCCGACCAUGCACUAGGGAGUUGUCGGUAAGCCAACUACGACCUUUGUCUUUCAUUAGUACUUACUGCAUCGAUUCAUCACAAAUACAAUGUGACCAUUUCCUAUCAGCACAUCAAUGUCAAAGAAUCCAACAAGUGUUCACGAGUCAGUCGUAUUAUUAACACUUUUCCUUAUAGUUCAUAUCAUAACCAACACCUUCCUUUUUCCCAAUAGCGUACAGAUGUAGAACGAUUCGUCAGAACCUGAUCCAUUGCAACAAACCAAGAGCCUUUUUCCAAAGACCAAUUCCGAGCGAAUUGAUGCUGAAAAAUCCGGAGCUCACUUUCACCUCACCUGAAGGAAACCAAUUUCUCUCCUGGCACAUCACCCACGAAAAACACCUUUCUCAGCGCGAUUCUACCCGGCAACGAGAACGGUAGACAAUCAAAAGGCGAACGAACCUUCUAAACGUAGAUCUAUUUCGGAUAAAUCUAGCGAAAUCGAGUCCAGGCCAUCGGACCAACGAUUUCUCGUAAUUCAAGUAAGAUAUUCAUUAUCACUCUCUAAACUCGCCGUACGAAUCCGUAAUGCCUAACACCAUCCUCUCUCUUCCUAGCAUACCGAAAACGAUGGAAAAAUCGGUUCCCGUCCCGAUACCAGCAAAUCAAAAGUUCCUGUACCCUUAAACAAAGGGCCGCCGUAAAAUACAGAGUCUACCUCACGCCACCCGGAAAAAGACGGUCUUUUCCCUAGCCCUUCCAACAACACCAGCUCUGCCGCAAACGUAUGCGCUGAUCAAAGCUGUUGCUGAACGAAAUGGUUGAAGAUCCAUUGAAUUAACGAUACAUCAACGAUGGCUAGACGCUGUCUUGUAGUCACCUAGGGAACCUAUUUUAUCGACUCGCG